UUUUAUUUCUAACUGAACACCACAUUUAAAAUGUUUUUUGUUUUUUUGCCUCUUAGGAAAAAGUGCUGCAAAGGGUAUAAAUUUGUUCUUGGACAAUGUAUCCCAGAAGAUUAUGACGUGUGCGCCGAGGCUCCCUGUGAACAGCAGUGCACGGACAACUUCGGCCGAGUGCUGUGCACCUGCUACCCGGGCUACCGCUACGACCGCGAGAGACACCGGAAGCAGGAGAAGCCGUACUGCCUGGAUAUCAACGAGUGUGCCACCAGCAAUGGGACGCUGUGUGCCCACGCCUGUGUCAACACCCUGGGCAGCUACCGCUGCAAGUGCCAGGAGGGCUACGUCCUGGAGGACGAUGGCAGGACGUGCACCAGGGGAGACAAAUACCCCAACAACACUGGGCACGAGGAGAAGUCUGAGAGCGCCGUGAAAGCCGGAACUUGCUGCGCCACGUGCAAGGAAUUCCACCAGAUGAAGCAGACGGUGCUGCAGCUGAAGCAAAAGAUUGCCUUGCUCCCCAACAAUGCCGCUGACCUGGGCAAGUACAUCACUGGUGACAAGGUGCUGGCCUCAAACGCCUACCUUCCAGGACCUCCUGGCCUGCCUGGGGGCCAAGGCCCUCCUGGCUCACCAGGACCAAAGGGGAGCCCAGGCUUCCCCGGUAUGCCAGGCCCUCCUGGGCAGCCCGGCCCCCGGGGCUCGAUGGGACCCAUGGGACCAUCUCCUGAUCUGUCCCACAUUAAGCAAGGCCGGAGGGGCCCCGUGGGUCCGCCAGGUGCCCCGGGAAGAGAUGGUUCUAAGGGGGAGAGAGGAGCACCUGGGCCCCGGGGGUCUCCAGGACCCCCUGGCUCUUUCGACUUCCUGCUGCUGAUGCUGGCCGACAUCCGCAACGACAUCGCCGAGCUGCAGGAUAAGGUGUUCGGGCACCGGACUCACUCCUCGGCAGAGGACUUCCCUUUACCUCAGGAACUUUCCAGCUUCCCAGAAACCGUGGACUUGGGCUCUGGAGAUGACCACCCGAGAAAAACAGAGGCGAGAGACUUGGGAGCCCCCGCAGAUUUUUAUCCGUAGCACAGCCCAGUAUCUUCAUGCCAAAGAAAGAGAAAGAAGAGCAUUUUCACUUGCAGUUAAAUCAUCUAAAGAGAAGAAAAACACCACUGGAGACCUAGAAAAGAUCAUUUCUUUAAUCUUGUCCUGACUUCUCCCUACUCCUUUUUUUCCAUAUACUAUUUUCAGAGCCACCCACGAGACCUACUACAGACAUGAGGGAGUGAAAGGCUGACAUACGUGCUUCUCACUCUGAGGGUCAGUUGGGGUGGCUUGCAUUGGGAUUAUUCUUCUCCAUCUUAUUUUUUCUGGAACUUCUGGAUUUCAGUUAAGUUAGUGUCUUAAAAUUUGGCAGAAUACCAAAGAGGGAAAUAUGGCAAGGUGAGCUCUAAAAAAAUGUGAGGCUCUUUCUGGGGGGAAAAACAGAUGUGUGUUCAAAAUAGACUGUUCUGGUAUCAAAACUAGGGCUCUUCAAUCAAAAAGCAGUGAGGAGGACAAUCAUGCUGAUUUACCUUGGUGGGUAAUUCUUUUUUCUUGUCCAUCUAGUAGAUUCUAAAUAUUCUGUGCUUUUAUAUACAACCUUGUUUCCCAAAUUUGGUUUAUAAAAAGAAAAUUAAGGAGUGGAGAUUAGAGAAGAUGGUGAAGAAUUAGCUAUAUAUUUAUUGUCAUGGGUUGCCACAUCUUAAAAUUCAAAUAUGGUGAUUAAGGGAUCAUGCCAUGCUUAUCCAUAAGUAUCCUAUUUGCAGAGGAAUAAACCCUCCUUUUGAAAAACAGUGAAGGAAUGAAAUGCCCUGGUUCACGUUAGAACAACAGGCUCCAGGUUUGCCAGAACAUUUUAAAGCUAUUUGAUCUAAAGAGCAGGGCCUCUCCAUAAAGCACAGAGGAUUUGUUGAAUAAGGGUGGCUGGCCCUUAGGGAGAGGUGCAGAAGUCCUGGUUCUGACCACGUGCCCAGAAAGUCCCGUUCAGGCCCUGAUCCAGGCUGGAUCAAUGUACGGUGAGACUUGAGACUUCGAGGAGGUUGCUGGCUUGGGUUGUUGGCAAAUGGGAAGUGGGGGACCUUGGGCAGGAACUCCGCUGAAGCCAUAGCGGCAGUGGCAGGUAGAUGUGCCCCCCUUGAGUGUGACAAGUCCUUGUCUGGGGCCAGCCAAACCUGCCACCAUAUAUAUUGAGCAUAAUGCACUAUCAAAAGAUAUCUUGGAUGGGGCAGGGGGAAAAAAGCCAGUGGUUUUCCUUGUUUGGAAGGAAGUUCCUUCCUGUGAUUCCCAUUUUUCCUUCAUUUUCUUUAAUUAGUCCAAGUUCCAGUUCUUCUAGGCCAUUUUCUUAAUUUCCUUUUCUCAGCAGUGUGAGAAGCAGUUUCGAAAAGGUUACCUUUCUCGCACUGAGUCAGAGCUUUUUCUCAGAGCACCUGUGGGUCCCAGAGGGGAGCGUGCUCCUGGCGGGGCUUGCUCUGGAUUCAGAGGCACCAGGAGCCAGAGACCAGCAGGAGAAUCUGCUGCUUUGUGAUACUGGGGGAGGGCGGGGCCCCCUGGGUUCA